AUGGUCAGUGCCAAGAGAAUUGCUCAACUAGCAAAGAAGUGGCAAAGGGUAGCAUACCUCAGCAGGAAGCAGCUUACCAUGACGGCGAAAAAAGAAGCCGAAGGGUGGUCAAUGGCAGUGGCAGGCAAGGACCACUGUGUCAUGUACACAACUGACAAGAGGCGGUUCGAGGUGCCAUUGGCAUACCUCGGCACAAUGAUCUUCAGAGAGCUCCUCCUUAUGUCUCUGGAGGAGUUUAGUGUCAUCACUUGCAAUGGUAGGAUCACCUUGCCAUGCGAUGCCACAGAGAUAAAAUACAUGAUGUACUUGCUUGGAAGAAAUGCUUCAGUGGAGGUCGAGAAGGCAUUCUUGAGCUCCAUAGUGAUGCCAUGCCACUAUGCAAUCUGUGUGGCACCAUCUCUGGCUGUUGUGGCUGUUCGCAGCUCCUAG